AUGUCGGGUGGUGAUAGAACAGGAGUUGGUGUUGGGGACUUUUCGGCUAGUGAUGGCAAUAGAGUUGUUGUUGGUGAUUUGGCGGGUGAUGAUGGCAUUGGGGACUUUCUCGGGGAUGAUGCCACUGGAGUUUGCGUUGGCGACUUCCUGGUUGUGAUGGCACUGGGAUUGGGGAUGUUCCAGGUAGUGAGGGCACUGGAGUUGGCAUGGACGACUUGUGGUGAUGCCCAUGGAGUUGGCGAUGGAGAAUUUCCAGGUGGUGAUGCCCCUGGAGUUGGUGAUGGUGGUGAUGAUCCAGGAGUUGGUGGUGCUGACUUGUCGGGUUGUGAUGGUAGCGGAGUUAGCAUUGGGGACUUCCCAGGGGGUGAUGGCAUGGGAGGUUGUGUUGGCGACUUUCCAAGUCGUGAUGGUCCAGGAGUUGGUGGUGGUGACUUAUCGGGUUGUGAUGGUAGUGGAGUUAGCAUUGGGGACUUCCCAGGGGAUGAUGGCAUGGGAGGUUCCGCUGGCGACUUGUCAGGUAGUGAUGGUAGUGGAGUUGACAUUGGGGACGUGCUAGGUGAUGAUGGCAUUGGAGUUGGGUUGGGGGACUUACUAGGUGGUGGUGCCCUUGGAGUUGGCAUUGGCGACUUGCUACGUUGUGAUGGCACCGGAAUUGGGGACGUGCUAGGUAGUGAGGGCACUGGAGGUUGCAUGGGCGACUUGCUAGGAGGUGAUGGCCCUGGAUUCAGGGACUUGUCAAGUGGUCGUGGCCCUAGAGUUGGGUACUUACUAGGUGGUGAUGGCCUUGGAGUUGGAAAGGGAGAUUUACCAGGUGGUGAUGGGCCUGGAGUUGGGGACUUUCCAGGUGGUGAUGGCCUUAGAGUUAGCAUUGACGACUUGUCAGGCCCUGGAGUUGGAGAAAUGUCUGGUGGUGAUGGCCCUUGA